CACAAGCGAAAGCGAUUAAACUUAGGCUAACUGCCAUGCCAGCAGAAGAAGAAACUUUUGCAUCAGCCGCUUUGUAAUCCUGGCCGUCGUUCUGGGUUCUGCGGGAAGAAAGCGAGAUACAUAAAACCAGCCCUGCUACAGGGUACACUUUUUCCCACGACUCUCUUCUCGCCGCCAGCAGGAGGACACAAGCGCAGCACAGUCACAUAUAUACGCUCGCACAGCACUCCCGCCUUCACACUGCUAUCCCUUGCUUGAUGGCUCUGGACGCUGCAAUCGGCUCGUUUCAUUCACAAUGACCUGCCAUUCCCUCCCUCGUCCGUCCUUGGAAGAUUCCCGCCGGAAACCGCUGUAAGAGAAAUCCGCCGUAUACACACACGACACCGACUUCUCGCUCGUCUCUUGCUCGAUUUCGCGACAUAUCUUCGCCUUUCACUGCGCAAUCCAUCAAUUUUCCGGGCAGGUUUCUUUCCUUUUUUGUUUUCUUUCCCCUUUUUGUCGCUGCGUCUUUUGUUCCUUGGAAAGGCAACCUACGAUCGUGUACUCGGUAGACUUGAACAAUAUUCGCCUCCCAUUUAUUCCAGUGCAAACAGACGGACCAGUUGGCCGACUCUUUAGGGAUUUGGGAGCUUUUACCUCUCCACGCAUCGUUGCGCACAUUCGCUUCAAUACACAAUGGAAGGCGGUGCUGAAGCCGUAGACGUGAGCUGGCUCCAUCAUUCGCAGCGGGGUAUGUUUAUGAUCUUUUUCUAAUCGGGACUUGGUGAGAUGUAAUAAUGUGAUAUGAGGUCAUCUCUGACAGUGCUGUAUAGCUGAUACUGCCGGUCGAUCCAAAAAUACGCCCUCCAGGCCUACUCAGCACAAGUCAAAUGAGCAGCAGCCUGAGGCCGACGGCACUGCUACUCAAAACGAUGCGACAGCCAGCACUACUAAUGGACAGAAUGGACAAGCGUCGCCUUCGGCUCCAAAGCCGGUGCCAGCAUCAUCAUUAUCCAAACCAUUGCCGCUACUCUCUGAGAGCCUAGAGAACGAGCCCCCAAAACAACAGUCGCUAUCUCCACCAAGCCAAAAUCAAAAUCAGAUCCAAGCCCAGGGUCAGGGCCAGGGCACUGGCCCGGAAUAUACGCCUGCCCCAAACAUCACUACAAGCGCCGUCGCUCUUACGGGCACAACCCAAACUACGGUCACCAGCACAAAUGCGAGUACCAGAGGAACACCGCCAAAGCCCGUACCUCGGCGAAACUCUUGGAUUUCCACUCUAAGCUCCAAGUUCUCCUCUGGCUCCACACCUCCGUCUCAGAGCCACAUGAGAGAGUCGCCGUCAACCAGCCGGCAACAACAACCAUCUGACUCGAUAAAUCCCUUCGGUGCUGCAUUCUCUCCGAAAGAUGCUGAUAAAUCAGGGGAAGGUUCCAGCUCCUUCACAAGCGGCUCUCCAAGGAGCGGCCACCCCUCGUUCUUCCACAACGCAUUCCGAAAACUGUCUUCAUCAGGAGGAGCUAGCCUGGGCAAGCUGUCCUCCAACUACGCCCCAAAUGGCGGGGUGUGGCCAAGGCGAGUGAUGAAUGUUGAUGCGGACCGGGAUCGUUGUAAGAUUCCGGAACUCAACCAAGCAAAACUGCGACGUGUGGCGUUUUGCGUGGAUGUCGAGAUUGCAGGGACUCAAAGGAGAUCUGAAGGUGACGAGGAACGCAGCACCAAGAAAAAAUCCGACCCCAAGGCAGUGGAAGCCGAAGAAGGCACCGUGUUAAAACAUGCAGCGGGACAUGCACCUCUGCCGACGUCAUCACCGCCUUCGGAUGCCCCUGUAAGUAAUGGUGCUGUGCAGCCUCCAGACUCGCAUCCAAUCGAUGACGAGAAAUCCAAGCCACCGCCGACUAAGAAGCAGGAGAAGAAAAAGCGCUCGGAAGAGGAACGCAAGGAGCGGAAGGAGAAGAAGAGAAGACAAGCCGAGGAAAAUGGCUCGAUUCCCUUGCAGGUCAACCUCGAAGGUGGAAGCAAUAGUACUUCCAAAACAAACUCCGUCCGUCGGUCAUCGCGCGGUCAAGACCAGCCUACCACAGAUCCUCUACGAAUAUACCGGCGAUGCUGCCAGCUUCGAGAGACAGGCGUGUUGAAGAAGUUGGUCGAACAGAUCUCUUCGCCAUCUUCAAUCUUGGCCGAGUCCCCCGGUACUGUUGCAGUCCUGGACUUGACUGGCUUCCCAAUGACUUUGACCGAUAUCAUUACCUUCAGUGAUUGGCUUUCCAUCGUCCCAGUACGGAAACUGAUAUUACAGGACUGUGGUCUGUCUGAUGAAGCAGUCAGGGUCAUCCUCGGCGGUCUACUGGCUACCAAGACCAUCGAGGCUGCCAGACAAGCCCGGCAGUUGAAACACAGGAAUCUCGGGUCUGAGCUGGCAAAGGAAAUUCGAUACGGAGCUAUAGAAAAAUUGUCACUAAAGGGGAACUCGAAAAUCGGCCCCGAGGGAUGGCGACAUAUCAGUCUUUUCAUACACAUGUCUCGCUCACUCAGAGGUAUUGACUUGUCUGGCAUACCCUUACCCCGUCCCACACCCCCUACCAAUGGUCCAGCGUCACCCAUCACCAGGCCUUCUAAGCCUGUACCCGAUAUCGGUACCAUAUUCGCAAAUGCCCUUGCACAGCGCUUUGGAGGUGAGCGGCUUGAAGAACUCGUUCUUAGCGAAUGCUCUCCAUCGACCGAAGAUGUGCAGAAAAUAAGUGAUGCAGCCAGAUCUAUGGGACUACGGCGACUAGGCCUAGCUAAUAACGAUCUCACCAAAGAGGGACUCGAAUAUGUCAUCAACUACUUCCAGGGUGGUAAAUGUGAAGGUCUUGAUUUAGGUGGCAACAAGCUGGAAGCCCACAUUGGUCUUUUCUCAUCUACUCUUGACAAGACUUUCCCUCUAAGUGCCUUAAGCCUAGCGGAUUGCUCCUUGACGCCUAAAACUCUCUGCUCACUCAUGCAGGGACUGACCCUGUUACCCAACUUCCGCUUUAUCGAUCUAUCGCACAACAAAGACUUAUUCAUCACACAGCCUGACUCAUUGGGGAUUCUACGAAGAUACCUCCCACAGAUGAAGGAGCUAAGACGAAUACAUCUUGCGGACGUCUGUCUUAGUUCAGAGCAUGCUAUUGCUCUCGCUGAGAUCUUACCCGACUGCCCUAAACUUUGCCAUAUCAAUAUCCUUGAGAACUCAGGUAUCCAGAACCUGGCGUCUGCAAGCACCCCUGAAGCUCAGGAGGAGGCUUGUGCGCUGUAUGCGUCGUUUAUGUCGGCAGCCCGCAUAUCUCGGAAUAUUGUCGCCGUUGAUAUCGAUGUUCCAACUCCCGAAAAUAACGAGGUUGUCAAGGCCCUUGCUUCUCAGAUAGUGGCUUAUUCCCUACGCAACCUCCAAUAUGGCGAGUUGAAGGAGGAGCUAUCAUCGUCGGCCGAUACCCAGGCUGCUGUAAAGGAUGUUCCUGUUCCCGAUAUCCUGGAACAUCUCGUUGGCCACGCUGACGAUGCAAACGGGGAAAUUGAUGACUCCAAAGUUACUUCAGACUAUGACUAUGUCAUUGGUGGUACUGGAGUUGUCAAGGCGCUAGGAAUCUGUCUGGGUAAUUCAGAUUACACCGCUGUCGAAGAUGUUCUGGGCGACCAGUCUCCAACUGCUAGUGGCACUUCUACACCAUAUCGUCGCCUUAGUCAUGUUCGCGUGACCAAGAAACCUCGUGAUAUGUCAAGAGAUCUACUCAACUCUGCGAGGAAGAUCCGGCUUCGGCUGCGGCCUGCUUUGGUCCGUGAGGACCGGGCAGGUAAUGAUCUAAACUAUCGCCGACUCCACUUUCUUGACAUGACACUUCAACGAAUGAUUCAACGUUUUGAGGAUGAGUUCCCGGAUACCCGCAUACCCGAUGAGACCUCCACAACCCGCUCAAGUGAUGGUUCUCCUAAUCUAUCUAACGUUAAUGAUUCUACUAUCCUUGAACCGGUUGGUUCAUCCGCCAACGGCAAUACAACGGCUGAAGCAGAUGGUGAAGACGAGGAUGUAGAUCGAUACGCUGUUCGUCUCUCCCGGACUAGUUCGAAUACAUCCCUCCACUCCCGCGCACUUACCUCUGAAGAAGGGAAAGUCCACCGUCUCAGUCACCAUUUCAGUCAUUCGCUACUCGGUCGCUCAGACAAGGACAAGAGCAAGGACGCAGACCAGGAGUCUUCGGAGAAAACAAUCUCCCAGUCACCUCCAGAUGCAGUACAAGUUCAAGCUCUCCGCGAAAAACUUGAACGUCUUCGUUCUCUUCAAGGCGAAGACACCGAUACAAAUGUCCACAGUGAAGACCGAUCCUCCUCAUCCCGUCCCAUACUCCAUGAUGGCGCUUCCAACCUGGAAGAAUUGCUUACUCUACAGAAACAAGACCCUGAGGCCUUCGCAGAACUUAAGGAAAGCCAUAUCGUGGCACUUAUAAACGCAGGCCUGAGAAAUCCGGAUGAUGCAUGAAUACCUAUCCAUUUUACAACUGAAUUCGCUUUUCAUUGACGAUUACGCGGAACUGCAAAGUUACUUUCGUGAUAUUUUUUUUCUUUUCUCUUGGUCUUUCAGCACAUAAGUAUACAUCUUGACUCUGGCACUGCCGAAACUAUACCUUCUGUACCAAUUUUGACUAUUCUCCCACUCAUCGUUCAAUAUCCCCUUCUAGCGAAUCUAUUUAAUAUAUCCUCUCCUUUCCUCUACUCUCCCAAGUGUUUGCAGCAAGCUUUCCUUAUUGACGACUUCCCAUUUAUACCUUCAAUGUAUUUACCAUAUCUUACCGCACAUGUUUUUUGGUUUAGCGAGGACGUGGAUGGUUUUUCCCAUAGGCGCAUACAUGCAUGCAACAACUGGAUUAUGGACAUCUUUUCUUGCAUUCAUUUUUUCCUCUUGCUCUUCCGAUAGGAUAGCUAGGCAUAACUAUGCUGUCAGCAGUCCAAACUCAAACAGUUUGUUUUUCUGUCUUUAGUUACGGUGGUUGCUUUUUGUCUGGACUGACUGGUUACUCGAUUCUUGUGAGAUGGUUGAGCUCAACGUAGUAUUGAAGGACAUACGUUCAAGGGAAGCCUGGCAUUACUCAUUAUAUACAAUAAUUAUCUAUCAUCGAACUUGACUCUUCGUCUCGUCUCAUCUUCCAUCUUGCUCCUUCUCAUCUUCUCCAUCUUCUUCCCUUUUGAGCGGAAUUUUCGGUGUUAAUCACAUGUUAGCGCGGCGCACCGAGGUCAUGUGACUUCGGCUUUGCCA